AUGGCAGCUUUGGACGGAAUACCAUUCAGUGUAUUUUGUACUUCUGAGGAUCUGCGAAGACUCUUUACAAAUUCUGGCUACAAUGAAUUACCGAAGACUCCAAAAGGUAUAAAAAAUAUAGUCAUAAACUAUAGUAAACAGGAAAAGAAAAAACUGGUGACUGAACUGAAAAAUCUAUUAGCCAUUGGUAAAAAGCUUUCUUUGAGUUUUGAUGAGUGGACAUCAUCUCGUAACGCCAGAUAUAUGAAUAUCAACAUUCACAUAGGAGUUGAGUUCACAGAUGGCUCACGUUUCAAAAAUCUGGGUUUGGUGCGAAUGGAUGGUUCAAUGCCAUCUGAGACAUGUAUCAGACAUUUGAAAGAAAAGCUUUCAGAAUUUGAGCUUUCUUUAGAUAGAAAUAUAGUCGCAAUAGUCACUGAUGGCGCCAGCGUCAUGUUAAAAGUUGGAAGAAACCUGCGCGCUUAUUAUCAAGUCUGCCUUGCACAUGGUAUUCAGCUAGCUGUACUUGACGUAUUAUACAAGCAAGGUGGCGCGGAAAAUGUGCGAUCCCCUGAUACUGCUGUUACUGCUCGUGGAAGUGAAAGUGACUCCUAA